AUGGCUGCAGGGGACGGAGGUCCGAGCAAGAUCAAGGGGCCGUGGAGCCCGGAGGAAGACGAGCUGCUGCGGAGGCUCGUUAAUAGCAACGGAGCGAAGAAUUGGUCGCUGAUAAGCCAGUCGAUUCCAGGGAGAUCUGGGAAAUCAUGCCGCCUCCGGUGGUGCAACCAGCUCUCGCCGGUGGUGGAGCACCGGCCGUUCACGGCGGAGGAGGACGGGAUCAUCCUAAGGGCGCACGCUGAGCACGGCAACCGUUGGGCGAAGAUCGCAAGACUGCUCAGCGGGCGCACGGACAACGCGAUUAAAAACCACUGGAAUUCGACGCUGAAGCGGCGGCUCGCAGGCGGCGGCGGCGGGGACGGCGAGGCGCGGCCGACGCAGGUUCUGAGGAGAUCGGAAAGCGGCGACGUCUCCGCGGCGAUGAUCCGUCGGUUGAGUUCGAGCCCGGAGAGCCUAUCUCGGUCGGAAUCCGGCGACGGCGGCGGCUCCGAGGAGAAUGUGAACAUCUUCUUUCCGGUGAACCAGAACUCGUUUGCGGAGCGUCCGGCGUCGCCGCCUCUGGCUGAAUCGGCGGCUGUUGUGGAGGAUACGGAUUGCGACCAGUUGACCGCGUUGACUCUGUCUUUGCCGGGGACCGGCGGCAGCAACCCGCCGCCGCCUCCGGAGGCGUGUUUGAGGCGCCACAGCCGCGGAGAGAGCAGCCAGUCGAUGACGACGGCGGAGGAAGACGAAGAGGAGGGGAAGAGGAAAACGGCGUCGUUGGAUCCUGAUUUGCUUGCGCUGAUGCAGAACAUGAUCAAGGCAGAGGUGAGAAAUUACUUUUCAGGGCAUGAGGAAGAGAUUAUCAUGCCUCCUGGGUUUAAGCGCACUGGGAUUAGCAAGGUUAAGGAUUGA